AUGGUUAUGGUGUUGCUGUUGCUUUGCUGCUAUGCUGCUGCAAUGAUGAUGCUGAUGAGUCGUCCUUUGCCACAUAAUAUAUCACAAGGUGUAAUUAUAAGUAAUCACUCGUUGGUGCUGCAAGGUGUUUCGAGGGCAACGGCCGGCAAUUACUCGUGUGUGGGCUAUAAUGCUGAAGGCGAUGGCAAGAGUCCGCCAUUUAUGUUAAAUAUUCUAUAUGCGCCAACAUGCAUGCCAAAUCAGCCCCGGAUCUAUGGAGUAGCAAAGCAGGAGGAUGCGAAAAUUAAAUGCACUGUCGAUGCAAAUCCACCCGAUGUUGAAUUCAAUUGGACGUUCAAUAAUUCAGCCGAAAGCAUUGAUGUUGCCACCAAUCACAUAACGAGAUCAGGAACUUCAUCUAUAGUGACCUAUACUCCAAUCACUGAGCUUGAUUACGGCACCCUGCUGUGUGUGGCUUCAAAUAAAAUUGGACGUCAAAGAGUGCCAUGUGUGUUUCAUAUUAUUGCAGCAGGACGACCAGACCAAGUGCAUAACUGUACCCUAACCAACAUAUCAAUGGUAUCACUAACUGUCAAAUGCACUGACGGUUUCAAUGGUGGCCUACCGCAAUCGUUUAUGCUUGAAAUGAGGGAACCCCAUUCAAAUGAAAUCAGAGCAAACAUAACUUCUCCGGUACCAAAGUUUUCGGUUUCGGCUCUGACACCUGGUAGUGUUUAUUUACUCUCAGUGUAUGCCUUCAAUUCAAAAGGACGUUCCGAUCCAACGAAUAUGAAUGCGGCAAUGCUACGGAUGCCCGAAAAGCAAUUAACAUCGGAAAGAGAAAAACCACAUACGGCCCUUCUACUAUCACCCGUGUUAUCAUUAACCAUCGGUCUGACGUUAGCAGUAAUGGUGGCAGGUUUUGCUGUAGUCGUUGCCUUAAGAAUACCCUGCAAAAGUUCCAGACGUCGACGAAAAACACUUUCGAACGAAAACACAUCGAGAGAUGGUUCGCCAGGACCAAGUGAUAAGAGCUCCGGCAGCAAGGAGAUCGAUGGUAAUGAGAGUGAUGAGAAGAAUCCAGAUAUUAUUCCCGAAACUAUUGAUUCGGAUGAUCAGAAAAUAUACACAUGUAUGAAUGAGUAUAAAGGAACUUCAUCUAUAGUGACCUAUACUCCAAUCACUGAACUUGAUUACGGCACCCUGCUGUGUGUGGCUUCAAAUAAAAUUGGACGUCAAAGAGUGCCAUGUGUGUUUCAUAUUAUUGCAGCAGGACGACCAGACCAAGUGCAUAACUGUACCCUAACCAACAUAUCAAUGGUAUCACUAACUGUCAAAUGCACUGACGGUUUCAAUGGUGGCCUACCGCAAUCGUUUAUGCUUGAAAUGAGGGAACCCCAUUCAAAUGAAAUCAGAGCAAACAUAACUUCUCCGGUACCAAAGUUUUCGGUUUCGGCUCUGACACCUGGUAGUGUUUAUUUACUCUCAGUGUAUGCCUUCAAUUCAAAAGGACGUUCCGAUCCAACGAAUAUGAAUGCGGCAAUGCUACGGAUGCCCGAAAAGCAAUUAACAUCGGAAAGAGAAAAACCACAUACGGCCCUUUUACUAUCACCCGUGUUAUCAUUAACCAUCGGUCUGACGUUAGCAGUAAUGGUGGCAGGUUUUGCUGUAGUCGUUGCCUUAAGAAUACCCUGCAAAAGUUCAAGACGUCGACGAAAAACACUUUCGAACGAAAACACAUCGAGAGAUGGUUCGCCAGGACCAAGUGAUAAGAGCUCCGGCAGCAAGGAGAUCGAUGGUAAUGAGAGUGAUGAGAAGAAUCCAGAUAUUAUUCCCGAAACUAUUGAUUCGGAUGAUCAGAUCGAUUACAUAAGACGGCGACAGCAUAUAUCAACCAUCGACACAAGUUGUAGUCCCACGAGGGGGCUAUUAUCGUCGAGUACGCCUCCGCCGCAAAAGUACAAUUCAUCUGGCAUGACAUUGCACUCAUCCCAUCCGAAUGCCAUGGGCUAUUGUACGCUUAGGAAUGGAGGACAGCCUCCCAGCUCCGUUGGCACACUCUCAAUGAAUCCACCGCCACACAUCUAUUCCAAUUCUAUAGCCCAAUGCACCCUGCCCCGCCACACGAAUCACAUGUGGCCGGGCUACAGUGGUGCAGUUCCCGGGGUGCGACCCCUGCAACCGAUUCCAUCGCUUCAUCAAUUACCGCAACAGCAGCAGUCAGUUGCACAGCAGUACCAACAUCAGACAAAAGUCCAGCAGCAGCAACAGCAGCAGCACCAACACCAACAGCAGCAGCAACAUCCGGAGCUCUCUACCACAAAUUCAAUACCAGCCUCUACGACGAUAGCACUCCAGCAUCUGGGUCAGAGUCAGAGGGCACGAAUCUGUGUCGGCAUCAGUGGAGUGGGUGGGGGCACAAUUGGUCUCGGCAACAACGGUGUGGGCCUUGGCAGUGGACUGGGCAGCCAUCAUGGGGGAAGCAGUUGUCUGUCCGAAGACGAAGUCACCGUCCAGACACCGCUCAUGGUUAAGCGCGAGAGCACCGUAUGACUAUAGGAUUCGCACGGGGUCGGCGACACGGCCCUGUGAUUUAGCCAGUAUCCUCCACUAAUUACAUGUAUCUGGUCUAGAAAUAGUUGUAUUUUUAAGAGUCUACCCUUCUCCCUCAAGUGGUCGAAUUUUAUUGUGUGUUAUGUGUAUGUUGUUUCAAUGUGAUGAUUGAAACUUAAAGUCCGAAUUUACUAAAAAACAAAAACAAAAAAAUCUCCAUAAAAGUUUGUAUUUUUAAUAAUAACAAUUAAAAUAAUUAACUACAUUUUAUCGAACACUGGACCGGUUUUCUUGCAAAACAUUUCACACCCUGAAACAAAUGCAAAAACAAUUUUUAUUUAUUAUUUUCUUUCGAAUCCUGCGAAAAUGCUCAAAGGAUAUUUGCCAAAUAUAAGAAAAUAAAAUACCAAUUUUCAUAGGAGCAGUAAAUUAUUAUAAUUUUAUUUUUUAAGGUUUAAAUACGAUUUUUAUUAAUAAAAUAAAAAAAAAAUAAGUUGUAAAAUAAUAUUGAAUUUAUAUAAUAAAUGUAAAAAUUAAUUAAUAGACGAAAAACAAAAACAUAGAUAUAAAUUUUAAAUUAAUGUCGAAACCUAAAUGAAAAUUUAAUUUUAUUGUAAGUAUAAGAAUAAAACAAAAAAAAAUAUAUAAUUAGAGUCAAUAUAUUAAAUGUAUUCCAAAUAAAUUUUGUAAAAUAAAAAUAAAAAAUAUGAAAAAAAUAUUUAAAAAGUUAUAAACUAAUAUGAAUAAAUAUUUAAAAAAAUAAACGAGUAUCCUGAAAGAGGGGUACGCCUCAAGGAGUUAAUACUGUGACUAAAAAAGGUAGAUUUUAUGUUAAAGUCUAUUAUAUUAGAUAUUUUGUGAGUGAAAGCCACACCCCUGAUGGCGAUGAGGGAGGGAACCAUCAAACAAGACGACUUAAAGUGGAUACAUUUGUUUUCAUUAUUUUGUUAAAUAAUUAAAGGUUUUUAGUAAAUUUUGUUAGACUUAAUUUAUUAAAGUUCGUUUAUGUACAAAAAUAUCUCAAUUUCAAAUAGACAAUAUUUAUUUUAUUUGUUAAAUUUAAUAAAAAACUUCAGAAUUGUAGAAAAAAGCUCAAAAUUAUAUUAAUUCGGUGUCUAAAACUCUUUAAACUAUAAAAUAAGAAGAAAUAAACCAAAAUAAAACCUUCUUAAAUUAACAAAGGAAAAGGACAUUCCACUGCCAAAAAAUAUAAAAAAUAUAAGAAAACCGAAAUUGAAAUAAAUCAGAUCGGUCCUUUUUUUGGCAUGACAGGGUGCACCAAAAAUAUUAUUAAUGCUUUUCUUACAAAAUAAAUUUUCCUUAAAUUUAGUUUAGUUAAAGAAUGUAUCCAAAUAUUUAAGUGCAUUUAUUAAAAUUGAAAACAAAAAUUCAAAAAAUAUCAAAACUCAUGCAUAGGAACUGUAAUAUCUUAAGAUUUUGCAAUUUGAAAACAAAAACUUUAAUUCACAAUAAAAACAAAAGACAAAACGAAAAAAACUCAUGCUCAAAAUAUUAAUUGAGGAGUGUUGACGAAAAAAUUACAAAUCACAUUUUUGUUUACAAUAAAUCAAACUUUUUUAACUUUUACCAGAAUUCCGUAAAAAAAUAUCAAUUUAUUUAAUAAUACAUACAAAAAACACUCCUCAAAUUAUUUUAAACAAAUAAAACCAACUGUAAAUACAAGGUAUACAAAAAACAUAUUCAAAACAAAAUAAAUGUUUGUAAUUAAUAAAUUAUUAAAACCAAAAAAAUAAAAUUUAAAAAAUAUAUGUAAAUUUGAAAUAAAAAUAAUAAAAAUCGAA